UGUGUUUGCUGUAUCUCUACAGAGAGGACGUGGUCGCGCACCGGGAGAUCGGAUCGGAUUGGAUCGGGAUUGUAUGUGUUGAUUAAUGGAUCCGACUUGUUUCGGCACAGUGCAGCGGCGCUCCGCUCACAUGAUGAACCCAGCUUUAGUGAACCCGUCUCCGGAGCGCUGCCCUCCAGCGCACACACCCAAACCGAGCCGCAGUAAAUGUGAAGCAGCCCGAGUGGAGCUGGCACCGGUGGUGAUGGACCCGAAAACUGGGCGGUCAUACUGCAAGGGAAAGCUUCUGGGAAAGGGAGGGUUUGCGCGAUGUUAUGAGAUGACUGAUCUUUCCAGCAACAAGAUGUACGCUGUGAAGGUGAUUCCACAAAGCAGAGUGUCCAAACCACACCAAAGAGACAAGAUAACGAAUGAAAUCGAGCUGCACAAAACCCUUCAGCACAAACAUGUUGUCAAGUUUUCUCAUCAUUUCGAAGAUCAGGAUAACAUCUACAUCUUCCUCGAGCUCUGCAGCAGAAAGUCCUUGGCACAUAUUUGGAAAGCACGACACACCCUGACAGAUCCUGAAGUACGUUACUACCUCAGGCAGAUCAUAUCUGGCCUCAAAUACCUCCAUAACAAAGGAAUCCUCCACCGAGACCUCAAACUAGGCAAUUUCUUUGUGAAUGAGAAUAUGGAAUUGCGAUUAGGAGACUUUGGGCUGGCAGCAAAGCUGGAGACUGUUGAACAGAGAAAAAAAACUAUCUGUGGAACACCAAACUACCUGGCACCAGAAGUAUUAAAUCGUCAAGGACAUGGGACUGAGUCGGAUGUUUGGUCACUGGGUUGUGUGAUGUACACUCUUCUGUGUGGGAAUCCUCCCUUUGAAACUUUAGACUUGAAGGAAACGUACAAAUGCAUCAAAGAAGUGAAGUAUACGCUUCCACCAUCACUCUCUGCAGCAGCACAGAAGUUAAUCUCUGCAAUUCUGCAAAAGAACCCCAGUGAUCGGCUUACUCUUGACCAGAUUCUGGCUCAUGAGUAUUUCAGCAAGGGCUUCACUCCAGACAAACUUCCACCCAGUGCAUGUGUGAUGGUGCCAGAGCUUAACCCUCCCAGCCCUGCCAAGAAAUUCUUCACCAAGAUGGCCAAGAGCCUCUUUGGCAAGAAGAAAUCCAAAGCAGAGAAGAACCCCAAUGAGGACAAAGAGGACAUCUCUAAGCUAGUCUCAGGCAUGGUGAAACACUCAAUUAGCCGGCAGAUCAGCUACAAGACGGUGGGAAUGAAUGAGGUUGCAUCUCCAGCAGGUGAACUGGCUGUUUCAGGGCCCUUGGACACACCAGUUGAGGACGAGUCCAGAAAGUCAACAUCCCGUUCCUUCAAAGGCACUGUUGCCAGCAGUACUGAUGGAUGUGAAGACCCACUGACGCCAGCUGCUGUGGCUGAGGCUGCCAUGAAGGUCCUCCUUAAUUGCUUGUCCACCAUGCCAGCAGGAUCUAGGAAGACUCCAUGUGUCUCAAAGCCUAAACCCUUUGUCUGGGUGACCAAGUGGGUGGAUUACUCCAACAAGUAUGGCUUUGCAUACCAGCUCUCCAAUCAGAAUGUCGGAGUCCUCUUCAACGAAGGCACUCAUCUGAGUCUGUGUGACCAGCGAAGGGUAGUUCGUUAUUGUUUGACCAACAAUAAACACUUCACCUUCCGAGCGGAUACACUACCAGAACAGCUCCAGAGCCAGAAACACAUUGUGGAGCUGAUGGCCAACUACAUGGAACAGAAUCUCAUGGAGGGUGGAGAUCUGGAUUGUGAGAAGCAGCCAUCUCCUACAGACUGUCCCCUUCUCCUGCAGUGGAUGAAAACUGACCAUGCUUUGGUUAUGCUUUUUAACAAUGGUUCACUACAGGUGAACUUCUACACUGAUCACACUAAGGUGAUCCUGUCCAAGUUGGCAGACACGUACUUGUUGACCUAUAUUAGUCAUGAGCGGAUUUCCACCUCAUAUUCUCUGCUCACUGUGAGUGAGCAUGGUUGCUCCGCUGAGCUACGCCAACGGCUCCAUUAUGUGGUGCAGCUGCUGCAGCACUACACCAAAACAUAAAUGAACCACAAAAAAGGACUAAAACCUCAAGGUCUAGGACUGAAACCACAUCUGGAGAAGCUAGCAUCUUGAAACAAAAGUUCUCCUAACCUAUAUUCUGGCCUCCUUGGACUUAUGGUGCACUGUUAUUUUUGGAUUUAGUUUUUCUUUUCUAUGUCACACUGGCGCUACGGACGCAGCUCGACUUCACCAUGUACACAACGUUAACAAGGAGAUGAAGAGAACUUGUGUGAUAAGGCUUUGUUUUGAUCACCUGCCUUCCUCUUUAUUUAAAACAGACCUUUAUUUCACUUAAUGGUACAGGGAAAGCUGGUGAAUAUUGCUAAAUAUUUUAAGGAGAGUGAUUUUAGUUUUAAACCUGGAGGGGCUAGUAGUUGAAAUCUGCAGCUGGACCAGCUGGAACUUGUUGAGGUGUGAAAGGGAGAGCAAAGUGCCUUUCUGAAGGAUGUCUUCUGGGUUGUGCAAUAAUGGCCCUUCUGUAUCUUAAGCUCAAAUAACAAAAAUAUCAGAAAGGGCUCAUGUGGUGGAGCCUUUAUUCUUCUGCUUUGUUUGAUUUCAAUUAUGCCUAAUGGAUGGAGGUAAGCACUACAAACACCUGCUUUAAGCUUUUUACCUAGUACAAGAUAUUAGUCAUCUAAUAUCCUCCAUCAGAUGAAAGACUAUCUGUUUUUCAUUUGUGCCUCCAACUGUUUACGUCCUGACCUCCACCAUCUAGCAUUGUUCUAAAUACUGUGACACUGACUGUAACGUGCUAAAGGAAUAAGUAUUAGAAGUGUUUUCAUUUCUUUUUUUUUUUCAUCCCAUCAUUGAGCCAUUAUAUUUUCAGGCAAAUUCUUUUGGCACAUGUAUUUAUGUUUUUAUUUAUUUUUUUAUUUAUUUAUGGUGUUAUCACUAAGUAAAAUGUUCAAUAUCACUUUUUUUAUAUAUUGGUAUCUUGGAGGGGUGGGGAAUAAAGUUUGUUGAAAUGCA